AUCCGUGGGUGGUGUUCAUGGAUUAAGGAGAAGAUGAAGGCUGCUCGUGGUGUUGAUCUAGCUGAAAUGGGCGACGGGUUUGUGAAGGAGGAGACCCAUUUGGGGUUGAAUUUAGGGAAAGAGAAUACUCGGUGUGAUUUAGGAUGUAAGUGA